GCGAAACCACUGGAUCACUCUACCUUUGAGGCUGGAAGUGCAGGAUCUCUCUCUCAAAACCAUCAUUUCACUGCUCCCUCUCUCUCUCUCUCUUCGGUGAAAAUGGCGAUGUUCUUCAAAAGACUGGCCAAAGCUGCACCGAUCGCAUUCAGUCACGCAUUUCGUGACCAACCCAAAUCGAGUUUCCCCAGUUUUCGAGUUCCCUUCGGAGCAAUUACUGCGAUUUCUGGUGGAAUCUCGUAUUACUACUACUUUUCUUCACCGAAAUUGGUUUAUUUAGAUCAAAUCAAUGAAGAAAUGGGUCCAAAAGUUGCCCUCAAUCCAAAUAAGUGGCUUGAGUUUAAGCUGCAAGACAGAGCAAAGGUCAGCCACAACACUCACUUAUUCAGGUUUUCAUUUGAUCCCACUGCCAAUUUGGGUCUUGAUGUAGCAUCAUGCAUUAUUACAAGGGCUCCAUUAGGACAAGAUGCUGAAGGAACGAAAAAUAUGUCAUUCGCCCCGUAUACUCCUAUAUCAGAUCCUGAUUCUAAGGGAUACUUUGACUUGUUGAUUAAGAUGUGCAACUAUUCUGAAAUUUUAUUGCCUUUUACCUUGACAAAUUGUUGCAGAGUGUACCCUGAUGGGAAAAUGAGUCAGCAUUUUGCAAGCUUAAAACCAGGCGAUGUAGUGGAAGUGAAAGGGCCUAUUGAAAAGCUCAGAUAUAGUCCCAAUAUGAAGAAACACAUUGGAAUGAUUGCGGGUGGAACAGGCAUUACUCCAAUGCUUCAGGUAAUUGAGGCUAUUUUAAAAAACCCCGAGGACAACACACAGGUUUCUUUGCUCUACGCCAAUGUUUCCCCUGAUGACAUACUGCUCAAACAGAAGCUUGACGUGCUUGCUGCUAGCCACCCAAAUUUGAAGAUAUUCUACACCGUUGAUAAACCAUCAAACAAUUGGAAUGGAGGCACAGGUUACAUAUCGAAGGAUAUGGCCAUCAAAGGCUUACCUGGUCCUAGCGAUGAUACUCUUAUCCUCGUAUGCGGCCCCCCUGGAAUGAUGAACCAUAUAUCUGGUGACAAGGCGAAAGACUAUUCACAAGGCGAGGUCUCUGGCUUACUCAAGGAACUUGGAUAUACAGAACAAAUGGUUUACAAAUUUUGAUGGACUUGGAGAAAAUCAGUAUUGGUUUACUACGUUUUAACCCAAAUUUGUUAGAAAAAGUGAAUUUUGAAGCAAUACAUACAUACAGCUUCAUUGAGGACACGUGUCAUCCCGAUGUGCCCCGAGUGUUCUCAUUUUCUAGGGUUUUUAUGAACUGUCUUCUGUUAAAAUAGCAUCUUCAUGAGCCAGCAUUGCUGAUGAAACCGCAGUUAAGUUUAAGUAAAAGUUUUUUUGGUACUUACCCAAAAAAAAGUUUUUUUGGAAUA